AUGCGGCAAUUUUUGAUUUUGACAGCAGCCAUCGCCAUAAUCGCACCUAAUGCGAUUUCUGCUGCAAAGACAACGGCUGAUCGCAUUGAGAGCCAUGGUUAUCCAUCAGAAGUGCACAAAGUUACCACUUCGGACGGCUACGUAUUGACCUUGUUUCGCAUUUCAUACUCGCCUCGGUUGGAAAAUCAAAAUGCCACCAAACGAGUUUUUUUCCUGCUGCAUGGUUUGCUAAGUUCAUCGGAUUGUUGGAUUCCAAAUGGCCCAAACGAUGCUUUGGCCUUUUUACUGGCAGAUGCUGGCUACGAUGUGUGGUUGGGAAAUGCCCGUGGGAACGUCUAUUCGCGCAAUAAUAUCUACUUGAAUCCCAGCCAACGAUCUUUCUGGGCAUUCAGUUGGCAUGAGAUUGCUGUGCGUGAUAUGCCAGCUAUGAUCGACUAUGUUCUAAACGAAACGGGCGAAACGUCCUUACAUUAUGUGGGCCACUCACAGGGCACUACUACGUUGUUCGCAUUGCUAUCAUCUAAGCCAGAGUACAAUGCAAAAUUCAGAACUACGCAUAUGUUGGCACCCGUCUGCUUUAUGGAACACGCGCGAUGUCCUUUAAUAUUGCUGGCUGCACCUCUGUUCGGCACACCAACCACGCUGUCCACUCUUUCGAGUGAUAGCGAGUUCUUGCCAAGUGAAGAAAAUCUCAGCCAAUUGAGAAGCGCCGCGUGUUCCCCGGACGUCGUUGAUGAAGUAUGCAGCAGUGUUUUGUUCCUUAUCUUUGGCUAUGAUCCAAAACAUCUCAAUUAUACCUUAAUGCCAGAUGUUUAUGCGACUCAACCUGCGGGCUGUUCGACUAGGCAACUUCUUCAUUACGCCCAAAUGUAUAAAUCUGGUCAUUUUAGAAAUUACGAUUAUGGCGCGGAGCAAAACCUACAAAAUUAUGGACAACUCACUCCACCCGACUACAAUCUUAGCAACAUUCAUCCUGAGGUACCUGUAAAAUUCUACUACAGUGAUAAUGAUCUUUUAGCAAAUGUCACUGAUGUAAUGCAGUUGGCGAAUUCACUGGGCAAUAACGUCGAGUUGCAUCAUAUAAAAUAUCCUGAAUAUAAUCACUUUGAUUGCCUAUUAGCGCUCGAAGUGAAGGUUGAGCUAAAUGACCCUAUAAUAAAACGGGCUAACGAUUAUGAAACAAAUUUUAUUUAA